AUGUUUAGAUUUGGUAGGACCUGUGCUUUAACAAUCAAACAACCAUCUUGUGUAUGUUCUAUCACAAAGAGGUUUGUCAGUUUCCAGGACAAGUACGAGCUUCCAAAAUACUUACCAGAUCCUCAUAAAGAGUUUGGUGUGGAUGUUCCAAAAAAUUACAUUCCUCCACAAUACAGGGAUCCUUACAAAAAAUAUGAUGAUCAGCAAAAUAGAGUGAAUUUUGGCGAGAAAAUCCAUCCUUUCCAUGAUUACAUGGAUAUGUGGGCUCCGGAUCAUUAUCAUCAGAUUAGUGAUAAGUUUGCCUUGGGACAGUUACUUACUUUUUUUGGCAUUUUAGGUGCCUUUGCCGGUUUUGUAUACAUAUCUGACAUUUGGCCUGAUCGUCCAGCCAUGCCGAGAGACUAUCCUUACAAUGGGCUAUACAAGGAUCUAGGAGGAAGAGAAGGUGAAGAGAGGAUGUAUCAAGCCAGGCCCGAAAAAGAUUUAUAG